CGUGAUGGGUCGGAGGAGCCAGUUGUGUAAUUUUUGUUUAUUCGAUUUUAUUUGAUAUUAUGUAGAAUUAAUUAGAAUUAAAAUGCUAAAAACAUCCACAAAAUUCGGAAAAUGCUUCAGAUAAUGUAAAUUUAUAAAAUUAGCAACAAAAUUCAAGUCUAAAUUCACAGCUGAACUUCAGGGUUAGAGGAGAGAAAAAGAGGAACAAAAUGCUUAAAACUUUGGACACAAUCGCAAACACUCUAUCACCACACAAAGAUUUCCUCGGGAUGGUGGCAGGUUUCAUGACAGUCCUACAAUACAUGUCUGGUUCGUUAGUUUGCUGUGAAAUCAUUAAAAAAAGGAGCACCGAGAAUAUUUCAGCUGUGCCAUUCAUCGGUGGAUUGGUUGUGAGCAUCCUAAGUUUCCAUUACGGCUGGAUACUCCGAGACACAACAACAGUGUACAUAAGUUUAGUAGGAAUGCUCUUCAAUCUGUUUUACCUGAUGAUUUACGCCAGUUUUUUGGACUCCGAACACCAGACAAGAGACGUGACCAAGAAUGUCAACUAUGCUGUUGCCAUUACAGCCACCUGUAUUGGAUAUGCUUGGUUUGAAGACCCUGCUUUAGUCGAGUUCAGAUAUGGAAUGAUCAUCACAUGUCUUAGUUUGAUUUUAAUGGCUUCUCCACUCUUCCGUUUGGGUGAAAUCAUUAGAAAGAAAGACUCCUCAGCACUACCUCUCCCCCUGAUCGCCAUGGGCACAAUAGUCUCAUUCCUGUGGCUCGUCUACGGUUUGGCAGCUCGAAACCAUUUUCUGAUUGCACAAAACACAGCUGGUUUUGUGAUCUGUCUACUACAAAUACCUUUGCUUGUGAUAUACCCGAAUAACCAUCAAACAAGAAAAGAAAAAGAUUUAUAAAACUUUUACAAGAAACAUAAAAUUAGAAACAAGUAAAUUAGGACAGACGUUAGAACAGAAUUGUUGUAAUGAUGAUAAAAAUGUUACAAAAUUGAUAUCUGUAAGUAACUUUUGACACGUUUCUGUUACGUAACAAAAAUGAAACAAGAAACCUAAAAUUAGGAACCAAACAAGAA